CCCACAAUGCUUUUUUGCUAAUGGAGGACAGGAGGCAGAAUAUUUGAUGAUGUUUUCCGAUACUUCAAGAUUUUGACAGCUAUAAGCAUUUUUAGAUUAGAUUUUUAAUUAAAAAUACCCUCCAUUGUUGUCACGGCAAAGUUUAAGCUCUAAAUAAUUUACAAAGGACUUGAAUAUAUUCAUAGAUUUUUCAAAAUCGCUGGAAAUUUUGUUCACAAAACUCAAAAAUGUCGUGUUGACGUGAAAAAUUAUAGGCAGGAAUUAAAUGUUUUCUCUCUAAUGCGAGAGAUUUUUCCUUUUUUUUUGAUAAGUUAGGAGAUUAUAGCAAUGUCUGAACCAACUAAUCCCGCAGACGAGACCAUUAAGGUCGUUUGUCGUGUGCGUCCUCUGAACAGCUCAGAAGAGAAGGCCGGGAGCAAAUUUGUGUUGAAGUUUCCUUCAGAUGAAACUAUAUCAUGUGGUGGUCUUGGAUCAGAAGGACGUGGGCCACUCUUCUCAACAAAGAGGUGCAGUCAAAAAGUGUUUGCGUUUGAUCGAGUGCUGAAGCCCACUGUCACCCAGGAAUAUGUCUACACAGUUGCUGCCAAACCAAUUGUUGCGGAUGUACUCAGUGGGUACAAUGGUACAAUUUUUGCAUACGGUCAGACGUCCUCCGGAAAGACACAUACUAUGGAAGGAGUGCUUGGCAAUCAAGACCUACAGGGUAUUAUUCCUAGAAUUGUACAGGAUAUAUUCAACUAUAUUUAUGGCAUGGACGAAAAUUUGGAAUUCCAUAUAAAGGUUUCUUACUUUGAGAUCUACAUGGACAAAAUCAGAGAUUUACUUGAUGGUUCAGCUGAUAUUAUAGUGAUUGACCAAACAGGAGCAACUGAAAGAUUUGUGUCUAGUCCAGAAGAAGUAAUGGAGACUAUAGAUGAAGGGAAAUCUAAUCGUCACGUAGCUGUAACUAAUAUGAAUGAACAUAGUAGUAGAAGUCAUAGUGUGUUUUUAAUCAAUGUCAAACAAGAAAAUACUGAAACACAGAAGAAACUUAGCGGUAAACUGUAUCUAGUCGAUUUAGCCGGUAGUGAAAAGGUCAGUAAAACAGGUGCGGAAGGUGCCGUGUUAGACGAGGCUAAGAACAUCAACAAAUCUCUGUCAGCUCUUGGAAACGUCAUCUCAGCGCUAGCUGAAGGAAAUAAAAGUCACGUCCCCUACAGAGACAGUAAGUUGACUCGUAUUUUACAAGAAAGUUUAGGAGGUAAUGCAAGAACUACCAUGAUUAUAUGUUGUUCCCCGGCUUCUUAUAACGAGUCGGAAACCAAGUCAACCCUUCUCUUUGGACAAAGAGCCAAGACGAUCAAGAACGUUGUAACUGUUAACGAAGAGUUGACGGCUGAAGAAUGGAAAAGGCGAUAUGAGAAAGAGAAGGAGAAGAACAGCAAACUAAAGGUUAUACUGGAGAAAUUAGAGGCUGAGCUGAAGGCAUGGAGAAGUGGUCAGUCUGUACCAGAGGAUGAACAAAUCGACAUGAAGCGCUCCGUUACCGAGGAGACGCCCAAUGCCACGCCCUCAACGUCAAUGAUUGGUAGUAUUACAGGCAGUCUGGGUAACGUCAGUGAAGCGGACAAGCAAGCCUUUGAACAAGAAAAACUGAAACUUUAUCAGCAGCUUGAUGACAAGGAUGAGGAGAUAGAUAAACAAUCUCAGCUUAUAGAGAAGAUGGAACAACAAAUGUUGGAACAGGAAGAUUUGAUCGCGCAAGCUAGAAAAGAUAAUGAAACUCUUCAACAGGACAUGCAAAGUAUUUCCCAAGAUAAUGAUUCCGCCAAGGAUGAGAUCAAACAGGUUUUGAACGCCCUCGAGGAGCUUGCCAUGAACUACGAUCAGAAAGAACUUGAGGUGGAGAAUAAGAACAAGGAAUAUGAUGUCCUCAAUGAGGAACUGAACCAAAAAAUUAGCAUACUUAACACCCUCCAGUCAGAGCUAGACAAUGUGAAGGAUUCCUCACUUCACCAACGUAAACGUAACACAGAUAUGAUGAUGUCACUACUCCGUGACCUUGGCGACAUUGGAACAAUCAUCGGUGGGGAUGCAAUUGAAACCAAGAUGGCUACGGGUAAUUCUGAGAAGAUCGAGGAAGAGUUUACUGUUGCUCGUCUAUACAUUAGCAAGAUGAAGACCGAGAUCAAGUCACUGGUAACCAAGGCAACACAACUCGAGACUGUGGGUGCAGAAGCUAGCAAGAAGCUGGAUGUGGCCGAGAAAGAUUUGUCCGAUUGUAAACUACUGAUCAUUCAGCAUGAGGCAAAGAUGAAAUCUCUUCAAGAGACAAUCCAUGAUGUAGAAGCCAAGAAGAGGCAACUUGAGGAGAAUGUGGACAACUUGAAUGAGAGGCUAGUCGCAGCAUCAGCUGCAGAACAAGUGCAUGAAUCUGCACAGAAAGAUUUACAAUCAUCUGUUGAGAUGCAGAGUUCCCUCGAGGCUAAACUCGAGGCCCAUAGAGAACAACAUCAGAAGCAGAUAUCUAGUCUACGAGACGAGAUCGCCGUCAAACAGGCACACAUGGAUCAACUUAAAGACACCAACCAGAAGUUGAGUCUUGCCCUGGAGAAAUUACAGGGUGAUUACGACAAACUGAAACAAGAUGAGACUGAGAAGAGUGCCAAAUUGGCCGAACUCUCGCAACAGAUUGACAGACGUGAACAAGCCGUCCUUGACCUUAAGGGACUUGAAGAAACUGUGGCCAAGGAGUUACAGACACUGCAUAAUUUGAGGAAACUGUUUGUACAAGAUCUACAGAACAGAGUUAGAAAGACGAUGAAGAAAGGGGAAGAUGACGAUGAUGACGUAGGUGGCAGUGCUGCACAGAAACAGAAGAUCAGCUUCCUAGAAAAUAACCUCGAACAACUCACCAAGGUCCAUAAACAGCUUGUCCGUGACAACGCUGACCUCAGAUGUGAACUACCCAAAUUAGAGAAACGUCUCCGAGCAACCAUGGAUAGAGUUAAGUCCCUUGAAUCAGCUUUGAAGGACGCUAAAGAGGGAGCCAUGAGAGAUAGAAAACGAUACCAGCACGAGGUUGACAGGAUCAAGGAGCACGUGCGACAGAAGAAUCUCGAGAGGAGAGGUCAUGCUGCUCAGAUAGGUAUGCUUGACUUGUAAAAAUAAUCUUAAAGAUAUACUAUGCUCGUCCUUGAGU